AUGGCUCAACACCGCGAAGCGCCUCAUAGGCCACAAGACGUUCAAGACGUUACUGAAAUGUUGCAGGGCCUCGAGAGCAAUAAAGGCAAAGGCAAAGGCAAGUCUGGAUUCUCGGUCAAGAAAAGCACAUUUAACGUCCACGGGAUCAAUGUCGACUCCUGGCGAAUGCAGGACUGGGACUACAAGAAAGAAGGUCUGCCUACCUAUGCCCGAGGAAUCUUCACGACCAAGACCACGAAGGGUACCCCUGAGAUCGUCACCCGAGGCUACGACAAAUUCUUCAACCAUGGGGAGGUCCGUGAGACCGGGUGGGAGAACGUUGAGAAGAACACUCGAGGACCUUACGAACUCAGCGUGAAGGAGAAUGGUUGUAUCAUCUUCAUUUCCGGACUCGAAGAUGGUCCUCUCCUGGUCUGCAGCAAGCACUCCACAGGUGCACGCACCGACACUGAUGUCAGUCAUGCUAUGGCAGGUGAGCAGUGGGUCGACAGGCAUUUGGCUACGAAAGGAAGGACACGACAGCAACUGGCUCUUCGGUUACGUGAGAUGAAUGGUACAGCCGUGGCUGAGCUCUGCGAUGACGACUUCGAGGAGCACGUGCUGCAAUACACACCUGAUGCUGCUGGGUUGUACCUGCAUGGUAUAAACCUCAACCUGCCAGAGUUUGCCACAUAUCCUCAUCACCUGAUCGAUCAGUUCGCCGAUGAGUGGGGCUUCAAGAAGACCAUGUAUGUGGUCAAGGAAUCGCUCCGUGAAGUGAGGACCUUCCUCGAAGGCAUCGCUGAGACUGGGAACUACGAUGGUCGCGACACAGAAGGCUUCGUCAUUCGAUGCCAGUCAAAGGCGAAUACUGGAGAGUGGCACGACUGGUUCUUCAAAUACAAGUUCGAAGAGCCUUACCUCAUGUACCGCCAGUGGCGUGAGUGCACGAAGGCUGUCAUUGGUGGUCGGCAGCCAAAGUAUAAGAAGCACAAGAAGAUCACAGAGGAGUACAUCGACUUUACUCGGAGACAGCUACAUGCAAAUCCAGGACUGGGCGAGGCCUACAACCAGAAUCACGGCAUCAUCAAGAUGAGGGACGACUUCCUCGCAUGGCGUGGCGUGAAGGGCUCGGACAUCAUUCGACAGGAGGAGCAGGAAGGUGACGUGGAGAACGAUAAUGUCCGUAACAAUGUCAUUCUCGUUCCCGUUGCUACCAUUGGCUGCGGCAAGACCACUGUCGCUCUAGCACUAUGCAGACUGUUUGGCUGGGGCCACGUUCAGAAUGACAACAUCACCGUCAAGAAGGGCAAGCCUCUCGCCUUUGCUCAGGCUUGCUGUGCAGAGCUCCAAAACGCACCAGCCAUGAUCGCAGAUCGUAACAACCACCAGAAGCGUGAACGUGAGCAGCUUAUCACCGACGCCCACCGAACAGUGCCAAACGCCCACUUCGUCUGCCUGCAGUACGUGCAUGGUCGUGGCGACUAUGAUCGGAUCCGUGCCGCGACUCGUGAGCGCGUACUGACUCGAGGGGAUAACCACCAAACCAUUCAAGCCGGCAGCAAAGGCCAAGGCGAGAUCAUCGAAAUCAUGGAAGGCUUCAUGCAUCGCUUCCAGCCUGUCGACACAGAGUCGCGUCCUGAUGAUGGCUUCGACGUUGUAAUCGAUCUGGACCCAUGUGCCGACUCUCGUCAGAACCUGGAGCAUGUGGUUAGCAUGAUGUACACUGAAUUCCCGAAGUUGUUCGGGGAUCAAGACAUGCCCUCUGCGCACAACAUGGACGCAGCAAUCGAUGCCGCCAUGAACAAGUACACCGUCGAUAUCAAGCAUGAGAUUAAGAGCCGGGAAAACGGCCGUGGCAAGCCAAGCCAGGGUUCGACGUUUAAUGGUGCUCUUAGCCAGCCAAAUGGCAAGGCCAAGGAGCGCAAGAUCGACUACUUCGCCGCACAAGUCUCUCCGACACGCGUCUCCGCCAUCCUCGACACCUUGUUCCGCGAAGCUCCCGCUGAAACUGCACGGAUGUACCAGAUCCUGAAGCAGACAAGGCGGCUUCAGCCCGAAUUUCACGUCACCCUCAUCCACCGGGCUAUGACUGGCCAGUUCCCAGAGCAAUGGAACAGGCUACAAGAUCUGCACAACAAGGCCACCGCACCCACAGCGGAGCGCCCAUAUCCUCUUCCAGAAUCCAAGCUCGGUAUGUGCAAAGUCCGUCUUGAGCGCGUGGUCUGGGACGAUCGUGUCAUGGCGGUUGUCGUCCGGCUGAGUCCAUUCGAGGAGGGUGGCGAGCAGUUUACGUCUGUCAAUUCCACGGCCCAUAUCACGGCCGGUACUGCAGCUCCGAGCAUCAAGCCCAAGGAGUCGAAUGAUCUACUGGAGCGGUACUUGAAGGAGGGCACGAGUACGGGUGUUCAGGAAUUGGUUGUCAAGGGGAAUGUGGAGCUGGAGGGGACUGUUCGUGGAGUUCUUCAGAGAUAA